AUGGAAUCACCAAAAUGGCCCGGUGCCACGGAUGAAAGCUCCGGCACAGACACGGAUACACCGCCAAAGACGUCACUGGCCUGUGAGGACGCCGACAUAGCAACCCUGCCGGUCAUAGCAGAAGGAAUACAACCGACGGGCAAUGCCGCUUUGACGUCUCCUUCUGCCACCGAACCGGUCGAAGCCGCUGCAUCGGCAGCAGCACCUGAAGAGGGGCGGACGAGUCUACAAACCUCCAUCAUCAUGCUGGCCCUGUGCUCGGCCUUGUUUCUCGCCGCUCUGGACGUGACCAUUGUCACCGUGGCCAUUCCCACCAUAUCCAACGAGUUCAACAGCACGGUUGGCUAUACUUGGAUCGGUUCGGCCUAUCUCCUUGCCAAUGCUGCCGCCGCUCCUUCGUGGGGUAAGAUCUCCGACAUCUGGGGCCGGAAGCAGGUCCUGCUCAUCGCCGUCGCUAUCUUCUGGCUCGGGUCCCUCCUGAGCGGAACCAGCGUCAGCAUGGCCAUGCUUAUUGCUGCCCGCGCCAUCCAAGGUGUCGGCGGUGGUGGGAUUAUCGUACUAGUGAACGUCUGCAUAAGCGACUUGUUCUCCUUGCGGAAGAGAGGCAAGUACUUUGGUCUCGUCGCCCUGGUAUGGGCCCUUUCCGGCGGUAUCGGUCCCAUCAUUGGCGGUGCCUUUACAACCCAUGUCAGCUGGCGGUGGUGCUUUUAUAUCAACCUCCCCAUCUCGGGAGUCUGUUUCUUCUUUCUCGCCUUCGUCCUCAAACUGCACAACCCGAGGACCGGUCUUUUGGAGGGGCUUGCAGCCGUCGACUGGGCCGGCACCUUGACCAUCGUUGGCGGCACCCUAAUGAUCCUCCUCGGCCUGACAUUCGGCAACGUGGUUUACCCGUGGCGGUCUGCCACGGUCAUCUGCCUCCUGGUCUUCGGCUUCGUUGUCGUGGGUCUGUUCAUCGUCAUUGAGGCGUAUUUUUCUCGGAUACCGGUUAUGCCCAUGCGCCUGUUCAAGAGUCGUGCGGCUAUUGCUGCCUUUACCUGCUGCUUCUUCCAUGGACUCGUCUACAUCUCUGGGUCAUACUACCUUCCGACGUAUUUCCAGGCCGUGGUCGGUGCCUCUCCGCUGAUGUCUGGUGUAUAUGUCCUGCCCUUUUCCAUCCUCAUUUCCGCCAGCAGCGCAGUCACAGGCUUUACCAUACUCAAGACGGGCAAAUUCCAGGUGCUCAUAGUUGCCGGUUUCGUCAUCCUGACCUUUGGCUUCAGUCUUUUCACUAUUUUGGGCGCCAAGAUUGAAUGGGCUAGAUGCAUUAUCAUUCAGAUCGUUGCUGCCGUGGGCAUCGGCCUAAAUUUUCAGAGCCCACUCAUUGCUCUCCAGGCGACGGUGCAGCAGCGAGAUAUUGCUACCGCCACGGCAACCUUUGGCUUUACUCGCCAGCUGGCUACGGCUAUAUCGGUUGUUAUCGGCGGUGUGGUUUUUCAGAACACCAUGCAGCAACAGCACCAAUCGCUUGUUGCUAGCAUCGGCGAAGAAACAGCUAAUCUCUUCACUGGAAGCAAUGCUGCUUCCAGCGUGUAUAUCAUCAAAGACCUGGAUGACACGGCCAAGGUUUUUGUCCGUGAGGCGUAUUGGAAAAGCUUGCGAGCCAUGUAUAUCAUGUUUGCAGCUCUAGCUGGGGUUGGACUGUUCGUCUCCUUUUUCACCCAACAGAAGACGCUUAGCACGGUGCUCGAGGAGCGUAAGACGGGUCUUCAUAAUAUGGAAGAAAACGAGAAGGAAAAGAAGGCUGACACGACUCGAGUAAUCGGCGACGUUGAGCAAGGCAUUAUUACGGAAGGUGCGGAAUAA